GGCACUAAGUGAUGACGCAUCAACAGCUUGUUACCAGGAUAAACAUUUGGAGCUACUGCUCGGGAGCUUCGAGCGGGGAAGUAAAAUGGAGCUCUUGGCCUUGCCCCUUCACCUUUGUGCGCCUCCAAAGGCUCGUUUUCUUUUCAGUACUCGGACGGCCCAACACGGACGGCCCUGAGCGUCUUCGCCAUUCUUGCUUGAAGCAUAACUGUCACUAACUGAGGGGUGAGACGAGUCCUGCGUAUUCCAGAGGCUCAGGACGCUGUAACUGCACCAUCUCCUGACAUGGCUGUCUCCUGUUCUCUCAACCACUCAACAUAUCUCCAGAGACAAAACCUUGUCUGUUAUCUUAGAAACCCACACUAUGGCAGCCUUAUUUAUGCUGAUGGUCAUGGAGAAGUGUGGACAGACUGGAAUGACAUGUCCAAGUUUUUACAGUACGGAUGGAGAUGCACCACUAAUGAGAACUCCUAUUCGAACCGUACCCUGGUAGGAAACUGGAACCAGGAAAGAUACGACCUAAAAAAUAUUGUAAAGCCUAAACCCUUGCCUUCCCAGUUUGGACAUGCCUUCGAAACAACAUAUGAUGCAAACUACAGCAGGAAGAAGCCACAAUCAACACAUAGAUUUAAACGAGAGCCUCACUGGUUUCCUGGACAUCAGCCUGAGCUGGAUCCUCCUCACUACAAAUGCACAGCGAAGUCAACUUAUAUGACUAACUACUCAGAACCUCAGCCCACUCAUUACUCCUGCUGUGUAUAUGAUCCAAGCGUGAGCCAGUCUUAGGGCCCGGGAAUCUGAAGAAGAAGAAGUAGCUUCAUUUUUGUCUAGAGUAGACUGUAGAAAGGAACACAUGCUAAGCAGACUCAACAUCACUCUCAACAUGGCUGCUGUCUAAAUAAAGCACAGCACACCAAAAAAAAAUCUCUAUUUGUUUACUCUAACUGUCCUGGUGAGUUUUUAUCAACUUCACACAAACCUAAACAUAUCUGGGAGGAGGGGAUUUUAAUUGAGAAAUUAUCUCCAUACGAUUGCCCUGUAAGCAAGCCUGUGAUGGGUGUAUUUUCUUGAUUAAUGAUUGAUGUAGGAGGGACUAUCCAGCAGGGGGCAGUGGCAUUGCUGGGCUGGUGGUCCUGGGUGCUAUAGGAAAGCAGGUUAAGCAAAGCCACAGAGAACAAGCCAGCAAGCAGCACUUCUUUAUGGCCUCUAAUUCAUCUGCAUUCAGUUUCCUGUCUUGAGUUCCUGCCCUAACUUUCCUGGAUGAUGGACUUAAAAGCUCUAAACAUAAAUGCUUUCCUUCCCAAGUUGCCCUUAGUCAUGGUGUUUUAUCCCAUCAAUAGAAACCUAAGACAGUAUAUAACUGCCGUGUGUGUGUGUGUGUGUGUGUGUGUGUGUGUGUGUGUGUGUGUGUGUGUGUAUGUGUGUGUGUGAGUGAAUGAGGGGGAAAGCCAUGAAUCUGAAAAGGAACAAGGUUAUUUGAGAAGGUUUGUAGGGAGGAAAGGGAAGGGAGAAAGAUUGUAACUAUAUUCUCUAAUAUUAAACAAUUUUUAAAAUAGAAUCAAACCAAAGGUUCACAAAUGGUAGGCAAGUACCCUGAAUCACACCCCAGCUCUGAGCUUCACUCUUAGGAACAGGUGUGGUGGUAUAUGCCUGGCUCUCCAGCAUUUAAGAGGCUGACAUUGCAGGAGCAAGGCCAGCCUGGGCUCUCCACUGAAACCAGGAUUGGGCCUGUGGCUCCUCCAUAGAGUAUUUUUUUCUAGCAUGCUUAGGACCCUGAGUUGGAUCCCCAGCACCAGAGGGCAACAGGGAGAGAGAGAAAAAUAAAAAUAAAAAAUAAAUAAAAAUUUUAAAAAAGCUUAGGCCGUGACUUACAACAUAUAGAACAAUCAGGAGGCUGAGGCAGGAGCAUAGCCCGGAAUUUGAGACCUGCCUAUGGGCUAUAUAGUAGACUACAGAGCAUGAUCCAGUCUCCAAACAAAACCCUAUGUCUCCUAGUCAAACACUCCUCUCCGCUUUCUAUCAGUGGCAAAUCUGAAAAGCCCAGCAUAGCUUACACUUUGCAUUCCUGGAGUCAAAGAGCAUUGUUAUGUUCUUACUGAAUGACCCCUGAUGAGAGGACUAUGAAGGAAACAGCUUCCCUAACAGCACAGAAUUCUAAGCAUAAAGUAGACCCACGAGGUUAGUGGCAUUUCUUGGGUACUACGUACCAUCAGUGGUCUACUGUCCAUGUGCUUUCUCUUUUGACUUGAUUCUGGAAUACAUCUCAGUAAUACACUUUCAUCUUAAUAUCUCUGUGUGUCUUCAAAAAAAAAAAUGAUAAGGGAGAGACAGCCAGUUCUGAACUCCUCCACACAGAGGACCAAGAAAAUCUGCUGAUCAAACAAAGCUAAGCAUGCUAAACCUAGCAGCUCAAGGAAGAACAACUUGCCACGGGGGCUUGGUGGCGGUUCAAAAAGAUGCUGUAGUAAGCUACUGGUUUGAGGCACAUCCAGCAAAGCAGAAGAUGGAAAGAGAAUCGUGAGUCCUUCAGGUCAGUGAAUGUAGGGAGGCAGUGGUCUUACCUGUGAUACAGGUAAGCAUUGUUAGCAUUCCUUCUAGGCUCCACCCCACAGUUACCUGGCAACAGCCAGGUAUGCCUGGCUUACUAUAAAAGGGGCUGUUUGCCCCUACUCACUCUUACUCUCUUACCCUCUUGCUUUCUUACCCUCUGUCUUUCUUUCCCUGUUCCCCCCCACCCCUGUAACUCUAUUCCAUACUAUAUCCGUUGUGUGGCUGGUACCUUAGUGGGGAAGGAUGUCUCAGCAUGGGCCCGCAAAGGCACACCCUUCCACCUCACCAUACCUGCUCUAUCAAACAUGGCUCUUUUUCAUAAAACAUAACAGGCAUCAUUUCCCCUUUCCUGUCUAAUGUAUGAGGACUAUUGCCAGAAGCAUCUGUGCCUGUAACUUCUCCUUAAACAGGAUGUGAAAGAGCUGCUGUCAUCUCCCCAGCCCUAGUUAGUUUAUGGAAUUUGUAGUGUUUAUGAUGUCGAGUAUGACUAAAUUUCAUGUCUUUUUUUUUUUUAACUAAGUUGUGUGGGUUUUUUUUUUUUGUUGUUUUUUGUUCUUUUUUUUCUUUAUGGAUACCUAGUUCUGAUCACUAUUUAAAAAGGCUGUAAUUUCUAUAAUGUUGUUUAAGGCAAUUUUAUUUUCGAUCUCUGUGUGUGUUGGUUUGUAGGUUGUUUUUCUUCUAUUGCCUUUGACAAUAAUAAAGUAAUACUGGUCUAGUA